AUGGCCUGCCUCUCCCUGGGCUCCGCAGGGACCAGCGAGCGACAGGAAAGCCAGCCGACGUGUUCAGCUCGCUCUGGGGCUCACGAGUUUGAGUGCAGAAGGGCUGUCCUGGUGACCCAGGAGCCCACCCAGGCCCGCCCACUGCUCGCAGAGCACCGCCUGCCCCGCUUUGUGGCCACCGUCUCUCAAGUUCCCUUCUGUACGCGCUUUGCACUCAUCACCCUGUUGAAGCCACAUCCAUGCAGGACAUGA